AUGACUAAAGUGUGGUUCAUCACCGGCAGUUCACGGGGCCUCGGCCGACGCCUGACGGAAUACGCACUCGCACAAGGCGACUCCGUGAUCGCCACGGCACGAGACUCAAGCACACUAUCCGACCUCGCGCAAACCCACGGACCCCAAAUCCUCACCGUCUCACUCGACGUACAAUCCUACCCCUCCGCAGCGUCGGCCAUUUCCGCCGGCCUCGCCCAAUUCGGCCACAUUGACAUCGUGGUUAACAACGCCGGAUACGCGAACAUCGAUUCCGUCGAAGACAUCUCCAUGGCCACAUUCCGCGCGCAAGUCGAAACCAAUCUCUUCGGCGUCGUGCACGUCAGCAAAGCCGUGACACCCAUCUUACGCGCCCAGGGCCACGGCCACAUUGUCCAAAUCUCAUCCCUCGGUGGACGACUGGGGAGUCCUGGUCUCAGUGCAUAUCAAUGUUCGAAAUGGGCGGUAGGGGGGGUUUCGACGUGUCUGGCGGCGGAACUUGCCCCCUUGGGUGUCAAGGUGACGGUGUUGGAACCAGGUGGAAUUCGAACUGAUUGGUCGGGUUCGUCGAUGGAGACGAGAGAGCCCUCGGGCCCGUAUAAAGAGACAGUGGGCGCUUUUAGUGAUAUGAUCCGUGGAUAUCAUGGUCAGGAACCUAGUUUGCCGGAGAAGUUUGGGCCGAUUAUUGACACGUUGUAUGCAUCGGAGGAACCGCCGGUGAGGAUGUUGAUUGGGCCCGAUGCGUUGCAGUUUGCGAAGCAAAUUGCGGAUGCGCAGGCGAAGUCGGAUGAGAAGUGGAAGGAACUUAGUGCGUCGUCGGUGUAA